AUGGGCCAUCACGAUGUCAUGUCCAGCCAGGAGCCUGGCGCCAGCUCUCCUCACGAGGGCAUGUCCGCCGGGACCUACCUCAAGACGCGUCUCACCACUCUCCGCCCGGCCAUGCUCGACCUGCCCAACCCCAUCAGUCUUUUGCGCAUGCUCAACGGCCAGCAAUGGGCCUUUUUCUUCAUUGCCUUUGCCGCCUGGACGUGGGACGCCUUUGACUUUUUCACCGUUUCCCUCACCGUCAGCGACUUGGCCGAGCAGUUUGGCAAAACAAAAACCGACAUCACAUGGGGCAUCACCCUCGUCCUCAUGUUCCGCUCCGUCGGCUCCAUCGCAUUCGGUAUCGCCAGUGAUCGCUACGGUCGCAAGUGGCCCUUUGUCGUCAAUAAUCUACUCUUCAUCGUCCUUGAACUAGGAACCGGGUUUUGCCAGACGUAUCCUCAGUUUUUAGCCUGCCGCGCCCUUUUCGGCGUGGCAAUGGGUGGCCUCUACGGAAAUGCCGCCGCCACCGCGCUGGAAGACUGUCCCGAGGCGGCCCGCGGUCUGGUCAGCGGCAUGCUGCAACAAGGUUAUGCAUUCGGAUACCUCCUUUGCGCCGCCUUUGCCCGCGGCCUCGUCAAUACCACCUCGCACGGAUGGCGGCCGCUAUACUGGUUCGGUGCUGGCCCUCCUGUGCUCUUCAUCAUCUUCCGCCUCAUGCUACCCGAGACGUCCGUCUACCGCGAGCGUGAAGCUCUCCGUGAAGAGGCCAAGCGCAACGGCUCCAACGGCGCCCAAUCGGUCGGCUCCGUCUUCCUCAAGGAGGGCAAGAUUGCCAUCCGCAAGCACUGGCUCCUCCUCACUUACCUCGUGCUCCUCAUGGCCGGUUUCAACUUUAUGAGCCACGGCAGCCAGGACCUGUACCCGACCAUGCUGCAGAACCAGCUCUCGUUCAGUGCCAACAAGGUUACUGUUACGCAGGUCGUCGCCAACCUUGGCGCCAUGACGGGCGGCACCGUCGUCGGCUUCCUCAGCCAGUCGGUUGGCCGCCGCAUCAGCAUAAUUGUCUGCUGCAUCUGCGGCGGUGCGCUGCUGUACCCGUACACAUUUGUACGCUCGACGUCGGUCAUGGCCGCCGCCUUUUUCCAGCAGUUCUUCGUGCAGGGCGCCUGGGGCGUCAUCCCAAUCCACCUGAUGGAGCUGUCGCCCGGCGCCUUCCGCACCUUUGUCGUCGGCACCUCGUAUCAGCUCGGUAACCUCGUGUCUUCGGCGUCGUCGACGAUUGAGUCGCGCAUCGGUGAGCGCUUUCCGCUGCCACCGUCGGCAUCGGGCCAGUCGCGAUAUGACUACGGCCUCGUCAUCUGCAUCUUCAUGGGCUGCGUCUACGGCUACACCAUGCUUCUCACAUUUCUCGGCCCGGAGCACCUGCGCCGCAGCUUUGAUGUCGAGCACGACCACGACGCCCAGGAGGCGGCCGGAUGGGAUGCCGUCGCGGCCGCCCACGGGCCCCGCGCCAGCGAUAGCGACGAAAAGUUUGCCCGACCCCACCGCAAGGGCGAGCAUGACGAGGGGUCGCCCGCGUAG